UAGUGCUCUUCAAUUAUUGUCGAUUCCUACUUUUUCCCCGUUGGUAUUGUCGGAAACGGGUUUUUUUCUUCGACAAUAGAUCGCGUUACCGGUGACAUACUCGGUCUCCUUUCAUCUAAUCUUUCUUGAUUCGGUGAAAUACGCAAGAACACCGCAGCAAAACGACGCGCUAGCGCCAAGCACACCCACAUAUACGUAUACACACGCAUACAUUGGAUGCAACAUACACGCACAAACCACGCACAUAGUACGGUACCGUACGGCGAGUUACGUAUCCAAGUCAGUGGUUUCCGUGUGGUUUUUCGAUAAUGCCUUGGUGAUAACGAAGACCCUCUCGAUUCUGUGAUUCGGUCAUCGAACGCCUGUGAUCGCUUGCUAAAGAUACAAAAUAACGAUGAGGUUCACCGUGUGUGUUAUUCCCAUACUGAUACUUGGGGCAUCAGCAAUAAUUCAAUCACCGCCACGGAUAUCUAAGCAGCCACCAUCAGACGAACUGCUGUUUCAAGUGGUUCAAGCAAAGGACAACGAGAAUGACAGACCGUUUUUAAUCGAAUGCGAAGCAGAAGGAGAGCCAGCUCCGACAUAUCAUUGGAUUAAAAAUGGGAAAAAGUUUGAGUGGGCGACGUACGACGAUCGUAUCGCCCAACAGCCGGGCAGAGGUACCCUCGUGAUUUCCAAGCCGAAAGAGGAGGAUUUAGGACAGUACCAAUGUUUUGCGAAGAAUGAAUGGGGAACGGCUACGUCGAACUCCGUGUUCGUGCGAAAGGCCGAAUUGAACUCGUUCAAGGAUGAGAACCCGAAGACCGAGUACGCGGACGAGGGCCAGCCCUACACGCUCACCUGUCAUCCGCCCGACGGCUGGCCCAAGCCGAACGUCUACUGGCUCAUUCAGGAUCAGGCCGGUAGCAUCAAGUCGAUCAACAACUCGAGGAUGACCGUGGACCCGGAGGGCAAUCUCCACUUCAGCAAUGUGACGAUGAACGACGCUUCGGAGAACUCUUACUACGCCUGUGCCGCCACAUCUGUGUUCAGAAACGAAUACAAAUUGGGCAAUAGGGUCGUGCUGGUCGUAAAACCGGCGGGCGCGUCCACCGGCCAGAACAAGCACGCCCCCAAGAGACAAUACGUUACCAAGAAGAGCGAGGUCGCCUACCGGGGCCAGAAGGUCGAGCUGUACUGCAUCUACGGCGGCACACCGCUGCCGCAAACCAUAUGGAGCAAAAACGGCCAUCUGAUCACUCCGUUCGACAGGGUAACUCAAGGGAACUACGGCAAAUCUCUCGUCAUACAGCACGUCAAUUUCGAGGACGAAGGCGCGUACACCUGUGAGGCGUCGAACGGCGUCGGCUCGGCCGACUCGUACAGCAUACAUCUGCAAGUGCUGGCCGUGCCAUACUUCACCGUCGAGCCAGUCUUCACGGAGGCCGCCGAGGACGAGACCAUCGAGAUCAAUUGCGAAGCUACGGGCGUGCCACUUCCUGAAAUCAAGUGGAUCCACAAUGGCAAACCGAUUUCUCAGGCGCCGCCGAACAGCAGGAGGAAAGUCACGCCGAACAAGAUUAUAAUCGAGAAGCUGACGAAGAACGACACCGGCAAUUACGGGUGCAACGCCACCAACUCGCUGGGAUACGUUUACAAGGACGUGUUCGUCAACGUGCUAGCACUCGCUCCGGAAUUCACGCAACCGCCCACGAAUCUGAACACGGUCGACGGCAAGACGAUUCGAAUAACGUGCCAGGUUUUCGGCGCGCCCAAGCCGGACGUCAAGUGGAUUCGCAGCGGCCAAGAGCUGACCGGUGGUCGUUAUAAGAUUCUGCAGUCGGGCGAUCUCGAGAUCCAGAACGUGAUAUUUUUGGACGAGGGUAUAUACACGUGUCACGCGUCCAACAAGUUCGGCGAGAUCGAGGCGUCCGCCGAAUUAGUGGUGAAGGAACACACCAGGAUAACGGACGAGCCGGAGGAUUACGAAGUCGCAGCGGGCGCCACCGCCACGUUCAGGUGCAACGCCGUCACUGAUCCUGGUUUAGAGUUGACCAUAGAAUGGCUGAGCAACGGCCAACCGAUAGACUUCGAGAUGGAGCCGAGAUUCGUGCGGAGCUCAGACUACUCGCUUCUGAUCACGAAGACGACCGAACUGGACUCCGGUACUUACACGUGUGUCGCGAGCACCGAUCUUGAUAGCGUGACCGCGCGAGCGACGCUGAUCGUUCAGGAUGUGCCUAACGCACCGAUAUUGGAAAACGUCGAGUGCAACACCACCGAAGCCAAGGUUAUAUGGAGGCCCCAGGGAGACAAUAGAGCCCCAAUUCUGCGCUACACUAUCCAGUACAACACCACGUUCACGCCGGACGUUUGGGAGAUAGCCAGAGACAACGUUCCGGCUAUCGAUCAAGUGUACAUAGUGCCCAUGUCACCUUGGGCUAACUACACGUUCCGUGUCAUCGCGUGGAAUAAGAUAGGUCCAUCUCUACCAUCGUCGCACAACAAGGAGAAAGCUUGCACCACCUUACCGGACGUGCCGUACAAAAAUCCGGACAACGUCAUCGGCAAGGGCACCACGCCUCAAAACUUAGUCAUUUCUUGGACAACUAUGCCGCAGAUAGAACACAAUGGGCCCGGGUUUAGGUACGAGAUAGAGUAUAAGAGGGAUAUACCGGGCCAGGAUUACACUGACAAAUUUACUAUAAUCGAUUGGAGAAAGAACAGUCUGCAGGUGGACAAUCUGCCUACUUAUCAGAAAUAUAAAAUUAAGGUCACCGCGAUAAACGAUAAAGGACAGAGUAGAGUUCCGGUUAAGGAGGUUCUCGGAUACUCCGGAGAAGACGUGCCCUUACAAGCGCCCGGUAACUUCACAUUGAAUCACAUAAUUUCGGGUACGACUGCUGAGUUGUCCUGGAGCCCGGUGUCGCAGGAGUCGGUGAGGGGUCAGCUGCAGGGAUACAAAAUUCAGACGUGGACGGACAAGGAGGGCGAGAAGGGGGGGAUACGCGAGAUCAACAUCCUCGGAAAUCAGACGCACGCCACAGUCACCAAGUUCAUACCGAACAGCAAAAACUUCGCGAGGAUAAUGGCUUUCAACGGCAGAUACGUCGGUCCCAUGUCCGAGACUUUGAAUUUUGACAUGCCGGAAGGCGUGCCGGGGACAGUGCUCAGCUUCGAGGUGUUCCCCAUAGGAUCCAGCGCUUUGUACCUCGUGUGGACGCCGCCCGCGGAGCCGAACGGUGUUCUAACUGGAUACAAUGUUUACUAUCAGACUGUGAACAACACGCAGCUGGGAACGAUGCUCGAGAGGAGGCCGCACAUCAUAGAUCCAAAAGCCACGCAGGCCAAAUUAGCCGAAUUAGCGCCCGACACGAAAUACCGCGUUCACAUAGCUGCCAAGACUAGGGUGGGCGAGGGCAACCAUUACUUCGUUGAACAGAAGACACGACAGUCUCAGCGACCUGACGUCCCACAAUUUACAUGGGAAACUGUGCCGACUGAGAAUGGAUAUGCCAAUGUGAGAAUCACUUGGCUGCCGAACUUGAACGGCAUUCCGGGAAGUCAUUUCUUCGUUAAGUACAAGCUCAAAGGCGAAACGAUAUUUUUACAAACUUCCAACGAGUAUCAAUCAGAUGAUAUUGAGAUUCGCGGUCUGCAAAGCGGUGAAGUCUACAUAAUGUCGGUUGUCGCUGUCGAUGGAAUCUACCUUAGAGAGAGCGAUUUUCAGGAAGUCGAGACGAGCAGCGAAGGGCCCAUUAUUCAGCCAAAAGAAAACGUCGCGACAGCUGGCUGGUUCAUAGGAAUGAUGCUGGCGAUCGCCUUCCUCCUCUUAGUACUGAUAAUAGUUUGCGUGAUUAAACGAAAUCGUGGCGGAAAGUACGCGGUGCAUGAGCGGGAAUUGGCCGCCGGACGCGGCGAUUAUCCCGACGAGGGUGGAUUCCACGAGUAUUCGCAACCGUUGGACACCAAGUCAGCCGGCGGACGCGCCUCCGUGGCGUCGUCCUCUCACCAGGACGGCAAACAUCCCGAGUCCGACACCGAUUCCAUGGCGGAGUACGGUGAUGGUGACACAGAGGGCAUGAACGAAGACGGUUCUUUCAUUGGUCAAUAUGGCCGUCAUCGUAAGCAGGAACCAAAUUCACAGGCAUUUGCCACUCUAGUUUAAGGACGCUUCACGGAAGACGGAUCUUUCAUAGGACAAUACGGACCUAAAGGUAGACCAGAAGAGACACCAUCCAUCCCGACUGGUACUAUGGCCACGUACGUGUAACAUCUGCAACUCUUAAUCAAAGCCGCAUAAAACAAAAACAAAAAAAAACGUUUUCUCGUUCGUUAUGGUUAAGGAUCUCGCAAUCUUUGGCCAUUGCAGCAGCUCUGCUAUGCACCUUGCGCUGGGCGCAACGUCCAACACUAUACUGCCAAUUAGACUCUGGUUUUGGGUUUUAUAGUUUCUAUAGAAACCACUGUCUUUCAUAUUCGUGCGAGAAUUAGCAUUUUUGGUAUACAAGUAAUUCUUUUGGAUAUUAGUUUUUUUAUUUGAGUUUUUUUACAUACUACAAACGUUCCUGAUUUUUAGUUUUUUUUUUUUUAAACAUGUAAUGGAACGAUUUUGUUACGAUUUUUAUUAUUGUUCGUUUAUUUCAUUAUCGCGAGAGCUGACGCGUCAAGCAUAUCUCUAUUUUAAUUAUAAAACCCAAGAACUAUAGGUGUUUCAUAGCGUGCAAGCUAUUUAUGGAAAUAGUACCGUAGGAAUUAUUCUAGCAUUGACCGUAAUGUUUGACAGAGCCAGGUUGAGUUAGACACUUUGAUUGGCGACAAGGUAUACGAAAUUGCAUUCGUGUUGUUUUAAGCUGAAAAUAUGAGAUACUUUUAAGACUGCAUGUAUGUUUCACGAUAUAUGACGCGCGUUAAUUUCGAAAUCUAUUGAUGUCUUUCGACGGCAUCAAAUACUGCUAUGAUUGAAAAAAAUUUCGAAAUUGGUCAGUUUGAAAGUAAACUUUAUUACAAGUACUGAAUUAUCCUCAAAGCUUCGUUUCUUUAUGCAUUGCUUAUUGCAAUAAUCCUGCGAUUAAAACUUUGGUUCGAUUAAAUGUUCGGAUGACUCUUAAAACACCUGAAUUUUGUGUUAAUAAGAGGAGAUGCUAACAUAACGUUUCACAAUAAUCAAAGGAGAAUAUUUUUUGACAUAGUUGAGUCAUUAAAUAAAUAUGGAAGGAAAUUAUUUUUAAGAGGAUUAAGUACUUCCAUAGAUUUAUUUUUAACAGGACUAACUUCCGGAAUUCUUUUAUCACGGCAGCAUGUUAUAUUAAGAUGCAUUCACAAAGUGUUAAAUUGUAGUGCCUAUAUUGGAUUUAAAAAUACGUACGAUAACAAUAUAGAAAUAAUUUUCUAAUGCGUAAAAGUGAUUCAUGCUUUGAAUGGAACGUAUUCAUAUUAGUAGAGAUCUUCGUGAUGAUUGUUUGCAGUGCUUUCGUUUGCAAAAAAAAAAGGAAACAUUUAUUAGUGCAACGGAGACAGAGAUUCCGUUAUUUAACUUUUUACUGUUUUAAUGUAUAAAUAUAGAGUUGCCAUUAUUUGUAUUAAAAGUAGCGAGUUAUGGAAUUUUGUAACGAGUAUAUAUCGAAAUUAACGUAAUAUAUUCCUAAUUUGGAAUGAGAACGCACAAUGAAUGUAUUAGCGGCACUAUUUACGAGUGACACGGUCAGUUUACAUGCAAUCUUGAAGAGAAAAAAACAAUGAUAGAAUCAAUGCAAAAGACAGUGUCGCAAUCUGGCUUCGACUGAUUUUAAACUUUAAUCUUCUAAACUGGACGGUUGUUCUAAGAAUCUUUAGCUGCGAUCAAUUUUUACUCUGUCGAGGAAGGGCCAAAUUUAAACAAACGAAUAAUAAUCUACAAUUUAUCAUGCACUUUACACUUUCAUUAUUAACGAACACAUUAUACACAGAACACACACGUGGGGUGCGUAAUAGGAAAUACGCGAUGGAUAGUAACGAAUAAAGUAAUAUUAAAAGAAGAUUGUAUAUGCACUAUAGUAGAUAAAAGAAUCGCAAGGCCUCUAAGUAAUUGUUGCUUUUGUGUGUGAAACAUGCUUCGACGAAAUCUUUCUUUUUUUUUUAUUUUGAUGAAAGUUUAUUCUGCUUUUGGUUAAUUUUUAUUACAAUCCAGUAAUUAUAAGGUAAUGCAUACAUUAUUAUUUAAUAUUUAAAGAUAUUGAAUAUACAAAUAUAAAUAUAUAUUUAGAAAGAGAUGAAAAGAGAGAGAGAGAGAGAGAGAGUGAGAGAGAGAGAGAGACAUUAUAUAUGUAUAUUAAUUACGAAUUAUUAUGAGUAAUUCUUAAAAAAAAAAAAGGAAAAAGAGAACGCGACGAUCACAGCAGGGCAACUAUAAUUAUUACUUAGUGUACAAGAUGUUAAAAUUUGUUUAGACCUUUAAGUACAAUUUGUACAAUUUGUUUGAUAUAAAACGUUAAGUUAACGUAGUCAAUACGAUGUACAGGUUGUCUGCAAAAGUGUCGCAAGCAAAUAUGUCAGGUACAAAGAUAAAGAGAAACAAAGAAUAGGUACAAAGUGUAUAAUAUUUAUGAUACGUAUGCGCGAAGAAUCACGAAGUAUAGUACUUUUAAAUGACGAUAUAUCUCAUUCUUACCGGACGAACACAGGACUUAGCCCCGAGUUCUCCUUGUUCACGACGAAUUCUCGUAAAGUCCUUAAACACAACCGGGUGCGGAAGUAUCUUCUAAUGUGAUCGAAAAAAAAAAAAAAAAUAUAUUUGUUAGGGUCUUUUUUGCCGAACAUCCUGUACAAGUGACUUGGACGUCACACGAAAAAGAAAAAAAAAAAAAGCUUUCUUUCCGCCUCACCGACGCAAUGUAAUCGAGGAAACGAACGUUUUAUUAUUGUACGUCCGUUGUUACAUUAGGAAAGGGUCGACUAGACAAAUCUGUAUGCGGUUGUGACGAUGCUAAAGACUGCGACAAACGGAAACACUUCGACAUCCAACACACACGCACGCACGCACAUACACACACAUGGUUUACAGAUUCGCGUUACACAUCCACACGGAGCGAUGUAACGAUUUGCGAGACAAUCUAAUAUCGCUGGAUACUACGAACAGUGCAAUCCCGAGACAAAGAUUACAUAUCGCGAUACAUGCUUUCGCUAGACAUAAGGAGCGCAUUCUUGCAUUAAUAUCUCGACCGCGACGGCAAUAACUCUUGGAGGGGAGAGGGGAAACGUUUUGCCACUGGAAUCUCUCGAUGUCCAAGUCACACACACACACACACACACACGCAAACACACACUCACAUACAUGCCACAAACGCGUUUACAUUUUUAGAGUAUUUUUCUAUUGUGCUAGCCUCAGUAUAUAUUUACCGAGAUAUAGCCGAGAUUCAUUCGUUCUGCACGUUAAGCUAUCAGUUUAGACGCGUUGAUCUAUUAUAUAUGUUACAUAGAGAUAUAUAUAUAUAUAUUAUAUAUAUAAAAACUUCCAAUACUUUCGCACGAGCAGCUCGUCGUUGCAAUAUCCUUUUGUAUUUCUUUUAUUUCAUUUUUUAUAGUUUUAUACUUUGUAUAAAAAAAAAAAGAAGGAAAAUGUCAUUUGCGUUCUUCUUACGCGAUCGUAUUCUGUAUUAGAUGCGUGCUUUGCGGCAACCGUCGAUCUGUCGACUGAGCUUUUGAAAUAUUUCCGUCGCUUCGACGGACGGCGAGAAUAUCUACUACUAUUCUGCUUGAUAUUAGAUUGCAUUGACGAAGGGAGGGAAAUGAGAGAGAUGAUUCGCGACUUACUAUCGUAGAGAGAGAGAGAGUGUUCAUUGUACAACGAGCACACGUGUGUCAACUCCCGGAAGUGUUUCGAGUCCCGGCUCUUUUUAUAGCGAAUUUCUCGAAUCUCAAUUACGUCUUAAUAGCACCAAGUGUUCAUUCGAUUGCUUCAAUCGAUCGUGAGAAGUGAUAUUGGCGAGGCUUUGGCGAGGCUUUGGCGAGGCUUUGGCGAGGAUUGAUGUCAGCUUGCUCGUUGCUUCCCAAUUUUCACGUUCGCCGAUCGAUUCACUUUUAAAGAUACUUACGAUCGGAGCCUGCUAUAAAAAGAAUUAACGCGGAGACGACGAAUCUCAAUAAUGGAAUCUCGUUCAACGUGUGCUCGCUUACACCGUGCGAAUCUUUCAUUGUAUAUUAUCCCGAUAUAUUACUGGCGUGCCGAUGUUUUUUCGUAUUGACAGCUGUGCAACCACGCACUCGUACCGUUCUCGCGCGCGCGCGUCGGCGUUUUUAGAUAAUUUUUCUACGAAAUAAAAUGAACCGCGGAAUCUAGAAAUAUACAGAAGCGAUAACACACCAGGGUGCUCCAUCCACUGCUGACGCUAUGAGCAAACGACGUCAAAGUAUUAGGGAUCAUUUGUGUACAAGUUGCGCAAUACAAACAGGCAUCGUGUGGCCUAAUUGUCACCGCAAACAUUUUUCGUUCAUUAGCAUACACACGCGUACGAGUGGGCUAUCGAGCGGCCACUCCGUCAGCUCCUCUCAGCUCCGCGCCAAGCAGCGAAACCGAAUCACUAUGUUGUAUAAUAAUUAAGCGAACAAUUAUGUCCUAAUCUUUAAGUUAUUCGUUCACGAACGCGAUCGCAGUGAUGCGCAUCCCGAGGUUUGCCCGCAUAACUCCCAUGUCAAUAAAGUAAAAAGAAAAAAAAAAAAGAGAAUAAACAA